UUAAGAACCAAUAAGAUAAUGUUGGUCGCUAAACCAGUCAAUCAUAUUGGCCGGUGGGCGUUUACUCGAGGAGAUUAGGCGGGAAGCGUCAGUGGAUUGACCAAUAAGAUUGUGUAAUGGGCGUUACCGUGAUCAAAGCCACGCCCUCUUGAUGAAAAAUCGUUCUGAGGUUGUUUUCCCGAUUUGAGCCAAUUAGCACACUAGCAUGUUCCUGGAGCUCUGGCGCCUUGGAUGGAGGCUGAUUAAAUUUCCCCUCAUUAACACGACUUUACAGUACUGAAGCUUUGAGCGAUUUUUUUCCCCCAAAAUAAAUCUGGAGUGACUAGACCCGAACUUAUCGAGGAGACUUUGUUGUCUGCGGUCGAGAUUCCACUGAGCUGUGGAGUAUGAGUACACAAUGAAGCGGCGCUCGGACGAUCAGGAAACAGCGUUUGGGUCUCAGCGGCGGCUCCCCGGAGGCACGGAAAGCUUUCAUCACCGUGUUGUUGCCGCUGGAUCUUCAGUCUACGGGGCUGCCUCAGAGAACAUGCAGCCCGCUGCUGGUGUGCAGUACUCUCAGGUCCCUCAGACCUUUCAGGUGCCCUUGGCUCAGAGCUCGGGAGGACAUGGACACAGCGACAGUCCUGCAGUCCACGCCGGCGCACAUCAUCACGGCCCCGUGGUCCAGCCUACAGGAGCCGCCGUGGGUCAGGGUCACUCUCAUGCCCCGCCUGCUUCUGCUCCAACACCAGGCCAGCAGCAGUUCCAGAGGCUCAAGGUGGAAGACGCUCUUUCCUACCUGGAUCAAGUGAAGCUCCAAUUCGGGAAUCAGCCUCAAGUUUACAACGACUUCCUGGAUAUAAUGAAAGAAUUCAAAUCUCAAAGCAUCGAUACACCAGGCGUGAUUAACAGAGUGUCGCAGCUAUUUAAGGGCCAUCCAGACCUCAUCAUGGGCUUUAAUACCUUCCUGCCCCCCGGCUACAAGAUAGAAGUGCAGACUAACGACAUGGUGAACGUAACGACCCCAGGCCAGAUCCAUCACAUCACGCCACAUGGUAUUUCAGUGCAGAACAUCCCCAUUACGCAGCAGGCUCAGCACCAGAGCCAGACUUCGGCCCCCACCAGCACCGCUGCUCUCCCCAUGCCCAGCCAGCCCACGCCUGCCAAGAUCAGCAAGCCCAUGCAGUCUCCUGCUCUGACCCCAACCAGCCAGCACAAUCCGUCCAUCCCAUCCUACGCCUCGCCCCGCUCCCCCUCAGUCCAGUCUCACACGCCGGUGAGCAGCACACCUGCCAGCGCUCCUCCACUGCAGAACAACCAGCCUGUGGAGUUCAACCACGCCAUCAACUAUGUCAACAAGAUCAAAAACCGCUUCCAAGGCCAACCAGACAUCUACAAAGCCUUUCUGGAGAUUCUGCACACAUACCAGAAAGAGCAGCGCAAUGCAAAGGAAGCAGGUGGGAACUACACUCCGGCUCUCACUGAGCAGGAAGUGUACGCUCAAGUAGCCAGGCUUUUCAAGAACCAGGAGGAUCUGCUGUCCGAGUUCGGACAGUUCCUGCCUGAUGCCAACAGUUCUGUGUUAUUGGGCAAAACAAGCACAGAGAAGCCCGAGUCUGUGCGUAUGGAUCCCAGUGGUGUGCUGAAGAGGCCUCAGCUCAACAACAAGCAGAGAUUUAACCAGAACGGCUGCCAGAUCCGCAGACACUCUGGGCCCGGUGCUACUCCCCCCUUAAAGAAGAAGUCAAAGUUUAUGGGAAAAGAACACCCAGUGGCUGAAGGCAGCAAAUUUGGAAUUGGCACUGAAUCUUUGUUUUUUGAAAAGGUGAGGAAAGCACUAAGAAGCUCAGAGGCCUAUGACAAUUUCCUGCGUUGUUUAGUCAUCUUCAAUCAAGAGGUGAUCUCACGGGCAGAACUAGUGCAGCUGGUGCUACCUUUCUUAGGGAAAUUCCCAGAGCUGUUUACUUGGUUCAAGAACUUCCUGGGCUACAAAGAGUGUGCCCAAAUAGAGAGCUUUCCCAAAGAGCGUGCCACGGAGGGCAUUGCUAUGGAGAUUGAUUAUUCAUCCUGCAAGAGACUAGGUUUCAGUUACAGAGCUCUGCCUAAGAGCUUCCAGCAGCCCAAAUGCACAGGGAGAACUCCACUCUGUAAGGAGGUUCUGAACGACACAUGGGUGUCUUUCCCAUCUUGGUCUGAGGACUCCACUUUUGUUAGCUCUAAAAAGACACAGUACGAAGAGCACAUUUACAGAUGUGAGGACGAGCGCUUUGAGCUCGAUGUGGUGUUAGAGACAAACCUGGCCACUAUCCGUGUUUUGGAAACUGUUCAGAAGAAACUUUCACGAAUGUCAGCAGAAGAACAGGCCAAAUUCAGGUUGGACAACACCAUGGGAGGCUCCUCUGAGGUCAUUCACCGCAAAGCCAUUCAGAGGAUAUACGGAGACAAAGCUGCAGACAUCAUUGACGGUCUCAAAAGAAACCCUGCUGUCUCUGUACCAAUCGUUCUAAAAAGACUGAAAAUGAAAGACGAAGAGUGGCGCGAGGCUCAAAGAGGCUUUAACAAGAUCUGGAGGGAGCAGAAUGAGAAGUAUUACCUCAAGUCAUUAGACCACCAGGGUAUUAACUUCAAACAGAACGACACGAAAGUGUUCCGCUCCAAGACACUGCUCAACGAGAUCGAGACUCAGUAUGAUGAGCGGCAGGAGGCAUCAGAAGACAACGGCUCUUCUCCGUCAGGCCCUCACAUGACUCUGCCGUAUGAAGAUGGUCAGAUCCUGGAGGACGCAGCUGCCCUCAUCAUCCACCACGUCAAGAGGCAGUCCAGCAUCCACAAGGACGACAAGUAUAAGAUCAAGCAGGUCAUCUACCACUUCAUCCCCGACAUGCUGUUUGCCCGGCGCAGCGAGCUGUCCGACGUGGAGGAGGAGGAGGAAGAGGAGGAGCCAGAUCCUGAUGAAGACGGAGCAAAGAAGCCUAACGGUACAACUCAGCCCAAAUCCAAGCUGCUGUUCAGCCACACAACACCCGCACAACAGAAGCUGAGCACUUGCGAUGAGGCCUACAACCUCUUCUAUGUCAACAACAACUGGUACGUUUUCCUGCGGCUGCACCACAUGCUGUGCUCCAGGCUGCUGCGCAUCUACAACCAGGCUGAGAAACAGAUCGAGGAGGAGGCCAGGGAGAGGGAGUGGGAGCGCAACGUGCUAGGGCUCAAGAGAGAGAAGAAUGACAGUCCAGCUGUCCAGCUGCGUCUGAGGGAGCCCCUGGACAUUGACGUUGAGGACUACUACUCCGCCUUUCUGGAGAUGGUGCGCAACCUUCUGGAUGGGAAUAUGGAGACAUCUCAGUAUGAGGACCAGCUGAGGGAGAUGUUCACCAUCCACGCCUACAUCGCCUUCACCAUGGACAAGCUCAUACAGAGCAUCGUCAGGCAGCUCCAGCACAUAGUGAGUGAUGAGAUCUGUGUUCAAGUGACAGAUCUGUACCUCAGUGAAUGUUCCAAUAAAGCAACAGGUGGAAUCACAUCCACUCAGUCAUCCAGGGCCAACGCCGAGGCGAGCUACCAGCGCAAAGCCGAGCAGCUAAUGGCAGAGGAGAAUUGCUUCAAGCUACUAUUCCAGAAGAGCAAGGGGAGUGUACAGCUGGCUGUGGAGCUGCUGGACACCGAGGAGGAGAACUCCGAUGAACCCAUGGAGUUUGAGCGCUGGCCGGAUUACGUCGAUCGCUACCUGAACACGGACUCGACGUCCCCGGAGCUGAGGGAGCAGCUCUCCCAGAAGCCUGUGUUUCUGCCCAGGAACCUUAGACGGAUCAGGAAGUGCCAGCGAGGGCAGCACAUACAGAUGAGAGAGGCAAGUGAAGCAGCUAAGAAAACCGCCGAUGGUGCAGAGGACGCGAAAAUGGAAUGCAUGUUUAAGCUCAACUCCUACAAGAUGGUGUACGUUAUUAAGUCGGAGGAUUACAUGUACAGACGCACAGCGCUCUCGAGAGCCCAUCAGUCCCACCCGCAAGUCAGCACACGGCUGCACCAGCGUUUCCAGACCUGGCUAGACGCAUGGAGGGAGAAUCAUGUGACCAAUGAGCUGGCCACCGACAAUCACAGGUGGCUGAUGGGAGAAGGCCAGGAGGGGCUGCGCGCCUGUAAAACGAGCUGUGAACCUUGCAUCCUUCACUUCCAGACCAUCAACAGAUACCGGGUCACCUACAGCAGCACUCCGUAACACCCCACUCUCUGUCCUUGUGUCAUUUCAGAGAGCUGGUGCUUGUUUUUUUCCUCUUUUUUUUUUUUUUUUUUUUUUUUUUUUAAACUUUUUAAGAAGAAAAAAAAGAUGACUGGAGCAGCACUGAAAUUUAAUGCUGGUUGCCAUGGAGCUCUUUUUUUAGACUCCUUAAUCUUGUCCAUUUUUAUCUUUUUAAACUUUUAGAUGGGAUCUUCUUGGCACAUCUUCUUGUUCAGACACCAUGGAGAGAAACUCCAAAGAUCUUUUUUUCCCCCCUCUCUUUUUUGGAAUUAUUCCAGACAGUAAUCAAAGUCUGAAGCUACUCAUGAAGAUGUGUGGUUAAUAUCACAGGUCAAUGUGUAACAUUUUUCAUUUCUAAUAUUGUCUUGUGAAGUUAAGUUGUCGAUUUUUAGCAAUACGCCCCUUUUGUUUGGCAUUUUAUUAUUUUUUUUCUUGGUUCAGUGUUAACCAUGUCCUCACAAACACUAUUGUGAACUGCAGCCAGACUCGAUUUGUGGAAUAAAUAGCAGACAGAAUGCACUGACGGUGAAGAAAGCUCUAUAAAAGAUCUUUGUCUGAGAUCAUGCAGCGUGGUCUGGCCUGACGACGUGAAUUUGUACAGGUCCAUGUAAUAGGUCUGUGCUCUUAAAUAUUUAUACACCCCUGAAGAUAAUCAUGCAUUAACGGUUAUCUAAGAUACCAGCUUCAGAAUAUGACAGCAGCCACAGAAUAUCCGAUAUUGUAAAUAACUUGUAUAUACUCCAGACUGUUUAUAUUCAAAUGAACAUUAUAAUGUAGUUCACCUUUUAGACUUUAUUAUCUUAGCAGAUGUGACUGAUGCUGGUCUGUAUAUUAUAAACAAUUACCUUUUUUACCAAAGGAAGUUAUUGUUAUAAUGUUUUAUUUUUUUCCUUUCUAUUUUUUUUUUUUUUUUUUUUUAAAUCUGUCUCAUCAUCCCUUUGUGGUCGUGACUUGUCUGGACUUUUAAAGAAUGUUCUGUAUGUAGAAUCUUUUUUUUUUUUUCUGAUUCAUUUGAAGGAUUUUUACUCGACCUUAUAUGGAAAUUUGUGACACUGCCCGUGCUAAUAUAAUACAGAGUAGAAAUUAGAAACUAUUCACUGUUCUUGUCCUGUUUUGCCUCCCUUCUAGUCCAAAUAUGAAAAGUUGUGAAAGUUUCAUUUUGCCGCACUUUUCUCGUGCACCACGCGGUGAUGACUGCUGAGACGUAUGUAAAAGCAUAUUAGAAAAGAAAAGAAAAGAAAAAAAAAACAGUGAUGGCAUGUUUCUAUGUUCUCAUGUACAGACUUUUGUAUUAUUCAUUAUUGUUUUAAAGAUUGAAAUAAAACAAAGUUGUAGUUAACAGUAAAAUUCACAGGAAAAAAAAUGCAUGUCUCCUGUCAUUAAUUAUAUUCCAUAUUAUUUUAUAGUACACUUGUUACAAGACUGCGCAGUGAAAAUGAUAAAUCUGUGAUCCUUACCCAAGCCACUCGCCAAUUUAUCACUGUAGCGUCUUUGGGUUGUAAAGCUGCUUAUUAAAAGUGUGUUGUGUUCUUCUUGUAGAUGAGCAAAUCUUGGACUUAAAUGCAACUUGGUAGUGAUUAGAACAGAUUAUUUAUUAUUUAUCCUAAUUCUUACCUUUAACAAGGAAACAAUUUGCUGUAAAAUUUUGGAUUUUACUAGCUGUAAUAGUAUACAAACAACAGCAGAGGGAGUAUUUGGACAGUUCUAUCAGUCACAGUAACAGGCAUUAACUUUC